CACGCCCUGAGCCGAAGGCAGACGCUUAACCGCUGUGCCACCCAGGCGCCCCUAAACAAAUACACUUCUAUGAAUAGAUCUCAAUACUGUAGUUAUGUGAAAACAAUAAGACGCACAUUCUCCACCAAAAGGUACCAGGUCUCUUGGGGAAAUGACUGCUUCUAGGACUGGGGUGGGAAAUAUAUAGGAGGAAUCUGGAGUACCUUGCAGUUGCGGAAAGUAGAGAAGUGCUCCGUAAGAACCCCGUGCUGUACACAAGUACUAGAACGGCCGAAAGCCAAAAUGCUGACGGCACCAAAUACUGGUGAGGCUGUGCAGUAGGGACUCGCGUUCGUUACGCUGGGAAUGUAAAAUGGUACAGCUGCUGCGGAAGACAGUUGCACAGUUUCUUACAAACUAAAUCUACUUUUGAAGUCUGUGUGCAAGAUGGCAGAGAACAGUAUGCACGCCAUCUCUUCUGUGGCUGUGACCAGUGCUCUGCCCAUCAUCUAGAAACUAGAGCCACAGAUUGCGGUUGCCAAUUCCUAUGCUUGUAAGGGGCUAGACAGGAUUGAGGAGGAUUGAGGAUUGGGGAGAAACUGCCUGUUCUGAAUCAGCUGAUGAACCAGCCAACAAACCAGGUUGUUACCAAUGGCAGAGGUGAUAUGACCAGGGCAAAAGAUGCUGUGACAACUACUGUGACCGGGGCCAAGGAUUCCAUGGCCAGCACCGUCACUGGAGUAAUGGACAAGACCAAAGGAGCGGUGACUGGCAGUGUGGAGAAGACCAAGGCUAUGGUCAAUGGCAGCAUUAACACAGUCUUGGGAGGUCAGAUGAUGCAGCUGGUGAGCAGCGGAGUAGAAAAUGCGCUCACCAAAUCAGAGCUGCUGGUGGAUCAGUACCUCCCUCUCACGGAGAAAGAACUAGAAAAAGAAGCAAAAAAAGUAGAAGGGUUUGAUACGGUUCAGAAGCCAAGUUAUUACAUUAGACUGGGAUCCCUGUCUACCAAGCUCCGCUCCCAUGUCUACCAGCAAGCUCUCAGCGGGGUUAAAGAAGCCAAGCAAAAAAGCCAAGAGACCAUUUCUCAGCUCCAUUCCACUGUUAAUCUGAUUGAAUUUGCCAGGAAGAAUGUGCACAGUGCCAACUGGAAAAUUCAAGGUGCUCAGGAUAAGUUCUCUCUCUCCCAGGUGGAGUGGAAGAGAAGCAUUGGCCAUGAUGGUACAGAAGAAUGCCACUGUGCUGAGCACUUUGAGUCCCGUCCUCUCGCGAUUGCCCACAACCUGACCCAGCAGCUCCAGACCACGUGCCACACCCUGCCGUCCAGUAUCCCAGGGUUACCACAGAACCUCCAAGAUCAGGCCAGUCCCUUGGGUGCCAUCGACUCAGGGUUCCGCCAUGCUGCCUCCUUCAAGGAAGUGUCUGACGGCCUCCUCACUUCCCGCAAGGGGCAGCUGCAGAAAAUGAAGGAGUCUUUAGAUGAUAUGAUGGCUUAUCUUAUUAACUACAUGCCUCUCAGAGGCUGGUAGACCCCUUUGACCUGCAGCUGACCGAGUCUCAGAACGCUCAGGACCAAGGUGCACAGGGGGGCACAAGCAGUCAGGAGGCCCAGCAGCCUGAGCGCAGAACAGGUUAAAGUUGUCCUUGUCCCCAGAACGGGGAGCAGCCAGCCAGAGGAGACUUUCUGGGAUGUUGAAACUAACCUGCUAGACAGCUCGGAACUGGGGAAGCAGCCAGCUAGAGAAAAGGUCCUCAGUUGUAGUCAUUUCUAGCUGGAUUAAGAGCUUUGAAAUUUUGGCAUUAGUAGAAGAGUUCGGUUGUUUACCUGGAGGUAAGAGAACAAUGAUGGAUUGGUCAGAGCCUAGCCGGGAGUCCCAGAAAGUUUCCGUGCGUUUAUGGUCUCAUCCUGUUAUCAUUGUUGCUGUUUGUUUGUACUGAAUAAAAGCACCGUCAUGUGGGCUGUGGUGUGGGCUGGUGUCUGCUCCCAUCUGGUCUGGGCAGGCUGCAUCUCACUGGUUUGUCUCACAAAGCAUGUCUGUACAACUUUUUCUAAAAAUUUUUCUGUGAAGAAAUGCGCCCUAUGAAUUCAAAAAAAUUCACUGCAAAAAAAAAAAAACACUUCAAAGCUCUACGGUAAAAAAAAAAAAUAGAAAAUGGACAAAACACCUGAAUAGACAUUUCACUGAAGAGAAUAUACAGACGGCAGAGAAGCAUGUGAAAAGACGUUCAACAUCAUGAGCCAUUAGGGCAGCACAAGUUAAAACCACAAAGAGAUAUCACUACACACCUAUCAGAAUGAUUAAAAUAAAAAAUAGUGACGACACCAAAUGUUGGCAAGGAUGUGGAGAAACUGGAUCACUCUUACGUUGCUGGUGAGAAUGUAAAAUGGUACAACCGCUCUGGAAAACAGCUUCGGAGUUAUUCAUAAAACUAAGCAUGCAAUUACCCUGUGACCUAGCAAUUGCACGCUUGGCCUUUCUCCCCAGAGAAGUAAAAACAUCCGUUCACACAAAAACCUGUACGUGAAUUUUCAUAGCACCUUUUUUUUUUUUAAAGAUUUUAUUUAU